AUCGGCGGUGAUUUUAACUGUCCGAUAGAGGAGGAUGGGCGCAGUUCUAGCAUAUACGCAAAACUUGAUGCUACUUCUAAACUGCUCAAGGAGAUGAUCUCGGAGGCAUCCUUACGGGACGCCGUGGGAUCCAUAGGGCAAGGUACCGUGAAUUAUUCAUGGUGCCGACCCGAUGGAUCUGUGCGUUCCAGGAUUGACUUUGUGCUCACUUCAAGAGCAGUCAAGCAUCGUGAGUUCUUCAUGAUCCCCUGCUUUUUCUCUGACCACAGGGCCAUUCACUUUCGGGGUGAACUGGGCGAGAGCUUUGCUCACGGACCAGGUUCCUGGAAGCUGAAUACCACCCUGCUGGAAAAUGAGGAAUUGAUGGGGGAACUCCGGGAGGCCUAUGCCUCUUGGACGGAGGAAAAGAGAUUCUUCGGAAUGGUAAGUGAUUGGUGGGAGGUUGUGAAAGUUAAGCUGCGCAGCUUCUUUCAGGCAAUGGGACGCCAGCAAGUGUGUGCAAGGAAGAAGGAACUCAGGAGACUGCAACGUGAGUUGCAGUCCCUGCAGGACCUUCACCACUGCGGCUGGGACGUUAGGCAGGAUCUGGAGGACACCAAGAAGAGCCUGAAAGGGUACUUUGAGGAAGAAUCCAGGCACAUUGUCUUCCGUGCCAAGGUGGAGAAUCUUGAGAAAGGUGAGAAGUGUAACGCUUUCUUUUUCAGGAAACUCCAUUCAGGACACACUCCCUUGUCUGAACUGCGUGACGAGACCGGAACUCUCCAGAAGGGGAAGGAGGCUGUAAUGCAAGUAGUUGAAGACUACUACAGCAACCUCUACUCCCCGAAAGAAACGGACUCGGAGGCAGCCGACAGGUUCCUGUCAGAGCUAUUCGCCCAAAGCAUCAGACGGAACCCAGAGAUCAGAGGGAUUACCGCACCAGGACCGGAAAGACGGGAGGUCAAGUGCUCGCUCUACAUGGAUGACGUGACGGUGUUCUGUGCCGACCAGCGCUCCAUCGACACACUCGUCCAGACGUGCGAGGACUUCGGCCAAGCUUCAGGGGCAAAGGUCAACUGCGGGAAGUCGGAAGUCAUGCUCUUCGGAAAGUGGUUCCUGCCUUCUUCUGCACCCAUACCGUUCAGCCUCAAAGCGGAUUUCAUCAAAAUUCUUGGAGUCUGGUUUGGAGCGGAGGGCGCAGCCCUGAAGUCCUGGGAGGAAAGACUAGCUAAGAUGAGACAGAAGUUUGGACUUUGGAGCAACAGAAAACUUACCAUCGAAGGGAAAACACUGGUACUCCGCAGCGAGAUUCUCCCUGUGUUGCAGUACUUAGCCCAGGCCUGGCCCCCCCGGGACAACACCUGCAAGGCCAUCACCAGGGCGGUGUUUCACUUCAUCUGGGACUCCAAAAUGGACAGAGUAAAGCGGACUGUUAUGUUCAAGGAACCUCUCAAGGGCGGUAAGGGCGUGCCCGACAUCGCCAUAUUACUGAGGGUGUUCUUUGCCUGUAACUGCAUCCGCAGGACUUUGGUUGACAGAACUGUGGACUCUGGCGGUAACUCCAUGUCCCGUUUUUUCCUCCUGCCUCUUUGGAAGUCUCUUGGAUGGGACAAAUGGGACAGUUCCAUCCCCUACAACUGGGAUGCUCCAUGGUAUUACUUGGAUACUUUCAAGUUCAUCAAGGAGCUGGGACUGCAUGGAGUUAAGCCCGACUUGUGGAAGCCAAAAACUAUCAACAAGUUGAUCAGAGCAUCGGACAUCUUGGAGUCGAUUCCAGGCCUCCCUUCAGCCACUUGCAAAGUGGUCUGGAGGAAUGUUUCUUCAAAGAGACUCACCAACAGGCACAAAGAUCAGAUAGUGCAGUCUCCAUAG